CACCUGAGGUACCUGUGUGUGGCACAGCAGGGCCUGCUCACGGGUUCUGCCUGGGGUCCUGAGAACUGUGGACCCUUGUGAGUGUAGUCAGGAGUGUGAGCUCACCAGGAAAGACAAUCCCAUCAAACUGUUUCCAUUUGCCUGGUAUAUCAGUAACUGAUAGUGGCAGGGAGUGUUUCCAUGUGAUGGAUGUCUGUGUGCCAGGACCUCCCUUGAAAUGAGCCAUCCUGUUCUAUGGCCUGGUGAACAGCUGGCACCAGCGCAGUUUCUGUUGAUACGCCCUGGAUUCUGAUGAAUGCUAUCUCAAAGAGCUAAGCAUCAUGUGAAAGGAUCUCCAGCACUUAUCUGGACCAUUAACUUUCUUGGGUUUUUUUCUUUUUUUUUUUAAUGUAAACAUAAUUCAUGUUAUAGUUGGAGAAAUGUUAUCAGAUGGACACUGAACUCUGAGAGAUCUGUGUGCAGGAAAUUCAGCUCAAUAUUCCAGAGAAUUUUCUCCCAUUUGUGGAGUAAAUAAAGAAGAGAGAUGAUACUGAAAGCAGUUUUGCUGCUGGGCUGUGCUCUGGGCAUCAGCACAUUCCCCAUGGAAGAGCCUGAAGAUGGAGGCAAGCACUGGGUGGUGAUUGUUGCAGGUUCCAGUGGCUGGUACAACUAUCGUCACCAGGCAGAUGUGUGCCAUGCGUACCAGAUUGUACACCGAAAUGGAAUUCCAGAUGAGCAGAUCAUUGUCAUGAUGUAUGAUGACAUUGCUGAUAAUGAGGAAAAUCCAACCAAAGGCAUUGUCAUCAACAGACCUAAUGGCUCAGAUGUGUAUGCUGGAGUGCCCAAAGACUAUACAAAGGAGGAUGUUACUCCUAAAAAUUUUCUUGCGGUUCUCAGAGGAGAUGGGGAAGCAGUGAAGGGGGUGGGAUCAGGAAAAGUAUUGAAAAGUGGUCCCAAGGAUCAUGUGUUUGUUUAUUUCACUGACCAUGGAGCUCCAGGACUUCUGGCUUUUCCUGAUGAUGAUCUUCAUGUGAAAGACUUGAAUAAGACUAUUUGGUACAUGUAUCAUCACAAGAAAUACCGGAAGAUGGUGUUCUACAUUGAAGCUUGUGAGUCUGGAUCUAUGAUGAAUCAUUUGGCUGAUAAUAUCAAUGUUUAUGCAACAACAGCUGCUAAUCCCAAGGAGUCAUCUUAUGCAUGCUACUAUGAUGAUGAAAGACAGACUUAUCUUGGGGACUGGUACAGUGUGAAUUGGAUGGAAGAUUCAGAUAUGGAGGAUCUAAGAAAAGAAACACUCCACAAGCAGUUUCAGCUGGUGAAGAAACGCACCAACACCAGCCAUGUGAUGCAGUAUGGAAACAGAAGCAUCUCCUCCAUGAAGGUGAUGCAGUUCCAGGGCAUGGGGAAGAAAGCUAUGCCCAUUUCUCUGCCACCUGUGGAAAACUAUGACCUGACACCUAGUCCUGAUGUGCCCUUUGCAAUCAUGAAACGAAAGCUGAUGGCUACCAAUGACAUUUCUGAGGCUAAGAAGAUUGCUGCAGAGAUGAAAGCAUACCUGGAGGUGAAAGAAUUCAUCCAAGAAUCCAUGCAGAAGAUAGUCACCGUAGUAACAGGAUCAACAGAACAGACCAAGCAGAUUCUGUCAGACAGACUGACCAUCAGCAAUUAUGACUGUUACCAGUCAGCAGUGAACCACUUCAAAGCUCAUUGCUUCAACUGGCACUUACCUGUGUAUGAGUAUGCACUGAGACAGCUGUAUGCCUUGGUCAACCUUUGUGAAGGAGGAUACCCCAUUGACAGAAUAUGCCUGGCCAUGAAUCGGGUGUGCCUUGGGUAUUGAUGGAAACAACAGUCCUGAAUGUAACCCUUACUACAAGUGAUAACUUUUCAUAGCUGUCAUAAUCCAGACUUUAUGUGCAUGCAACCUGGAGAGAGUCAGACACUGUACUGGAACUGUGCUGGGAGCUGAGGUCCCAGACCAUGAGCAGUGCAGCACUUGCCAGUGCUCUCCCCUGCAUCCCCACCUGCUGACAGCCUGCUGCUUUGAGAGAGGAUUUUGGCAGACCACCUGGAGCUUUCAAGAUGGAUAAUUUUUUUCAAAGUAUAAUGCUCUUAGGAAUCUCUGGAUGAACACUACAGGCCACCUAUGAGAUUGCUAAAUCCAUCCUAAAUCUAAACAUUGAGUCAUUAAUUCUGGAGGGUUUUUUUAAAUACUCUUGCUAACUCUUAACUUUUUAAAAAAAGUUAAUGAAUGCCAUUACAGUGACUAAUUUGCAGAUUGGUUGAAGAGUGAAGAAACCAAAGCUUGUUCUUUAACUCCUUAACAAUUUAAAGAAAUUAGUUGCAUAUGGGAGCUGUUUGAUGUGGACAGCACAGUUAAAUGUUGAACAGUAAAAAUCUUUGUGAGUAGAAAGCACUGUUUCCCAAAGAAAAACAGAAAUAUCUAAUGCUGUAAAUUUAGCACCAGUAUCUGUAAUUAAUUGUGUAUACUCACAAACCUGUGGGAAGUAAUGGAGUACAGGAAUUGCCUGUGAAUAAAAAUAAAGUUGACAGUUUCAUCCA